CAUUGACAUAAAUAGAGUGUCAAGCAUUAUUAUGUAGACUGGCAAUCCCGUGGGAAUUCGUGUUAGUCUUGCACCUGCUUUCUGUUUCCCGAGUACGCACUGCACCUUAUUUUAUGUUUUUAUAUUCCUCACUUUCUCAUCCGUGAGCGAGCAAACUUUAGCUCGCGAUAAUGUUGGUGACAGCUUGGAGGUGUGGAAACGAUAGGAAAACUUAUUUGAGACCUGAGUAAUAGCAACAACAUCAUCGUUCCUGCAUUACAAGCUUCUCUCGGUAACAACUGCAUAAGGAGCAAUCUUCUCUGCUCUGCUCUUCUUCCAAUAAUACAAGUAGGAUACACACCACCUAUAAAUACUGACAAAGCCUACUGUCUUUUGUAAAGCCUUAUGCUGUAUGUAAUGUCUUGGAAAGAGCGUGGAACGUACUACUACCUAAUGCAGAAACAGCAGAAAGCUAGUGAUGUGUUGUUGUGUGGCCACCAGCAGUACUCCUUGUUACAUCGCUCCACUCUUGACAAUCUCUACGACUACUUUGUGGCAGUACAUAAACGCAUAAUUAAAAUAUGAACAAGCGCUAUAUGUACCCGAUUAGGGUACGUUGAUAAAAGUAACUGUAAUAACAUCUUGUUGUAUGUUCCAUUAAUUUACGGAGGAGAAGCGGCGUUGUUG